UGGAAAGUUGGAAGAUCGAGGAAGCGUCGGUUGGAGUUAAUGGGUUUCUCCGAUGAAGAGCAGCGGCUCCUCACGCCACCGGAAUCUAACGCAACCGGUGAUGAGGAGAGCACGGUGGCGAUAAGGGUGACGGCGGGGGCCGGAGCUGCUCCUAAGGAUCGGUUCCACAUCGCCUACAUAGUGUACUUCACUCUGGGGAUGGGGUUUCUCCUUCCAUGGAAUGCAUUUAUCACCGCUGUCGACUACUUCAGCUAUCUGUAUCCAGGAACGCCGGUCGAUCGGGUCUUCUCGGUCGCUUAUAUGUUCUCCUGUCUGGUGCCCCUUCUUUUUAUCGUCGGCUGGGCGCACCUUUCGUCGGCCGCCGUGCGGAUUAACGUUGGCUUGGUCGCCUUCACCGCUGCACUGGUUGUUGUUCCGGUUCUCGAUGCGGCUUAUGUUCGAAACACCAGGGGGCUUUAUGGCGCCUAUGAUGUAACCGUCGCUGCUACGGUUCUUGCUGGAAUUGGGGAUGCGCUCGUCCAGGGAGGUGUUAUCGGAUCUGCUGGAGAGCUUCCUGAAAUCUACAUGCAGGCCGUCGUUUCCGGAACCGCUGCUUCAGGAGUGCUUGUUUCUGCAUUGAGAGUCAUAUGCAAAUCCAUCUAUCCACAAGAUAGCACUGGAUUAAGAAACAGUGCUAACCUAUACUUCGCAGUUGCUAUAGUAGUAAUGCUCAUCUGCAUCAUAUGCUACAAUAUGGCUGAAAAGCUUCCUGUUGUCCAAUACUACAAAAACAUCAAAUUGCAGGCAAUAAAAGAAGAGAGAGAUUCCAAAAUGCUAACUUUAACUGGUUCUGCCUGGAGAUCAACUUUGUAUAAUAUUUUUGGAAGGAUCAAAUGGUAUGGCUUUGGACUCUUCCUCAUGUACGUUGUAACCCUUUCAAUAUUCCCAGGAUUCAUUACUGAAGAUGUCCACUCCGAAGUCCUCAAGGAUUGGUACCCCAUAAUCCUAAUUGCUGGAUACAAUAUUUUUGAUCUGGUGGGGAAGGCUCUGCCCGGAAUUUAUCUCUUACGGAAUGCUAAUGUUGCUGUAGGCGCCUGUGUUGCAAGGCUCCUCUUCUAUCCUCUGUUCUUUGGCUGCUUGCAUGGCCCUCUGUUCUUCAGGACGGAGGUACCUGUGACAAUUUUGACGUGCCUUUUAGGCCUAACAAAUGGGUAUUUUACUGCUGUUGUUAUGAUUCUUGCUCCUAAGGCUGUGCCAAUACAACUUGCUGAGACUGCAGGAAUUGUUAUGGUUCUAUUCCUUAUCAUUGGUUUAACAGUAGGGUCAGUAGUGGCUUGGUUCUGGGUUGUUUGA